AUGUUGUUAAAGGGAUAAAUGCUGUUUGAGCAUCUGGCUGUGUAUUUAUCUCAAGAGGAAAGUGUGAGUCUGCAACCUGCCCAGAGGUCCCUCAGCAGAGACACCACCCAGGAGUGUUUUGAGGAUAUGGCCUUCAUGGGAGGGGAAGGCAAAAUUGAGAAUAAUCAGCAGCUAAGUCUUAAAUCUAUAGGACUUGAAGAGCUAGAAAAAUACUCCACUGAUGCCCCGUGAAAGAAAAUAUCAGAUGGAACUUCUGCUUGCAAGAAAAGUUUCAUAAGCCUUUUAGUUACCAUUGAAAACUAACCCAUUAAUAGAACUAUCUCAAUAUUAGAAACCAGAGCACUUUCUGAAAUUCUUGAAUUUCCCUGGGAGGAAGCCAGAAAUUUGUACAGGUGUCCUGAAUGUGACCAAAGCUUCUGUGAUAAUUCAUACCUUGUUUUGCAUCAGAAAACUCACACAGGAGAGAAAAAGUAUAAAUGUGAUAUCUGUGGGAAGAUUUUCAGUCAUAGAGCAAACCUGAGGAUGCGCAGGAGAAUCCAUAUUGGCAAGAAGCUCUAUAUGAGCAGCUUCUGCCAGCGCUCACAUCUGAUUCAGCGCAUGAAUGUCCAUAUAAAAGAGAAACUCUACACAUGUGGCAUAUGUGGAAGAGGUUUUCUGUGGCUCCUAGCAUUAAGACAGCAUCAAAAAAACCAUGCUUACACACACAAAAAAGCCUUUGAAUGUACAAACGCUGUUAAAUAUUUUGGUCAAAAUCUUGCUUUGCAUGAGAAUAUGCACACACCAGCCACUCAGUGUCAGUACAUUCAGUGCAUGAAAUGCUUCAGGAAGACCUCACAUCUUGCCCUUCCUGAGAAGGGCCACAAGGAUGACUCUGAAUGCUGCAGAGAUUAUGGGGAAAAUUUCUUUCAUAAAGAAGAAGAGUCCCAUAAAUGCAAAACAUAUGCAAAAAGUUUUAUUUUGGACUCAGAGCUUGCAUGCUACCACAAAAGCCAGACAGGAGAGAAAUCUUUUAAAUUUACUGUGUGUGGGAGUUUCCAGUUGAAUGUGUAUCUCGUUAUUCAUCAAUGAACCCAUAUGAAAAAUGUUAUGUAA